AAAGGGGCGUGGCCGGGGUGGGCGUGGCCGCGCGAAGAUGGCAGCGCUGAGCGGGGACGCGCUGGGGCUGGAGCGGGACGUGUCCCGGGCCGUGGAGCUGCUGGAGCGGCUCCAGCGCAGCGGGGAGCUGCCCCCCCAGAAGCUGCAGGCGCUGCAGAGGGUCCUGCAGAGCAAGUUCUGCUCCGCCAUCCGCGAGGUCUACGAGCAGCUCUACGACACCCUGGACAUCGCGGGGAGCCCCGAAAUCCGCGCCCACGCCACGGCCAAGGCCACGGUGGCGGCGUUCGCGGCCAGUGAGGGCCACGCCCACCCGCGGGUGGUGGAGCUGCCCAAGACCGAGGAGGGGCUGGGCUUCAACAUCAUGGGGGGCAAGGAGCAGAACUCGCCCAUCUACAUCUCGCGCGUCAUCCCCGGCGGCGUGGCCGACCGCCACGGGGGGCUCAAGCGGGGGGACCAGCUGCUCAGCGUCAACGGCGUGAGCGUGGAGGGGGAGCAGCACGAGCGCGCGGUGGAGCUGCUGAAGGCGGCGCAGGGCUCGGUGAAGCUCGUGGUGCGUUACACGCCGCGCGUGCUCGAGGAGAUGGAGGCGCGCUUCGAGAAGCUGCGCACGGCGCGGCGCCGGCAGCACAACAGCUACUCGUCGCUGGAAUCGAGGGGGUAGAACCCCCCGGGACCCCCCAAAGUCACCCGGGACCCCCCAGGAUCCUCUGGGACCCCCCAAAGUCACCUGGGACCCCCCCGGGACCCCUCAAAAUUCCCUGGGACCUCCUGGGAGCCCCCCGAGUCACCUGGGACCACCCUUGGACUUCCUGGGACCCCCCCUGGAAUCCCCC